GAAAAGCUAAAAAGCUAGUAAGCGCCGUUUGUGUCAGCUACUUUGAAAUGUGUGAACGAAGUUUUCUCAGUUCCAGCUUUGUCGGCUCCCUCUUGAAUUUCCCUUCGCCGGAUUUUUGUUACUCCAACAUACGGAGCAAUGGAGCUCAGUUCCCCGGGCUCCCCCCUGUGUCCUACGGCCGAAGAGAGAUGUGCUCGCUCCCUUGGACGCCCCCAAAUCCGUGCGCGCCUCCGCCACAGGCUCGCGCCUACAGUGGUCACUCCGAGCCCUUUCUGACGGGCUCAGUGCCUCCGAAUGUCCACCCCAGCGGUCAGAGCAAGGCGCCGCUGGAGGAGUCCAGUAAGUUCUUCAACCUUCAGGACUGCACCCGUAAACUAGAGGAGCACACCAGACUCGGAGCGCCUUUUGCCGGCCAACGUGGACUUGCUGGGGCCGUGUGUGCCACCGCCACAUAUGACUUUUCCGCCUCGGAAAGAGAGUCGCAGCCCCCCGCUGCGAGCGCUCCGAACAGCUCCAGUUCGAGCGGCCACGCGAGUGUGGAGGGCUUCAAGCAAACGGUCAGCUCACAUGUCACAGAGCAGCCAACUCCAGGUGACCCCUGUCACAGAGCAUCCCCCUCUGAUGGUGCACCUUGGGCUCCUCCACAAGUACGGUCCAAAAAGAAGCGGAAACCCUACGCCAAGCAGCAACUCGCGGAGCUUGAGAACGAAUUCCUGCUGAACGAAUUCAUAAACAGGCAGAAAAGGAAGGAGCUUUCGGACAGACUGGAUCUGAGUGACCAGCAAGUAAAAAUUUGGUUCCAGAACCGGAGGAUGAAGAAGAAAAGAUUAAUGAUGCGCGAACAUGCGUUCUCCGUGUACUGAGCUCUAUGUGUGUAUGUAUGUGUGUGAUGUUACCACUCAAACCAAGUGUUCAAGUCUUCUGUUGUUCAUUCCUCUUAUUCUCAGUGCUGAUCUCAGUUUGUGUACAUUUUACUCAAUUUGCAACAUGCUGCUGUAUAGUUUUGGGAUAGUAGCACUGGUUUCAUUACUUUACUCCAACUGGGGAAUGGUUUACCAACGGUUUGUGUGUUUUCCAGCACUGUUUGUGUUUCAGUAUUCAGUAUUAGUCAUUCUUUGCUUAGUAGGGGGUUUCUAUCUUACACACACACACACACACACACAACUAUAUGCAACUUGUAUUUAAUAAUGGCUGUAUUUUCUACUCCUGUGGUUAUAUUAGGGGUCAUGGGGGUGGGGGGGACACACUCAGUCUGAAUGCCUCAGAGUCUUAGGGCUUUAUGUCUAAUCACUGUUAGUGAAAUGUGUAAUUCCUACAAUUAAAAUACUCCUACAGCUACACACUGGUGUACCAUGUUGGUAACGCUAUACUAUUCUUACACAAACCUUCGUGUUUCAGGGGUAUUCAAAUAAGUGUGUUUGCCCCCCCGGAGGUGACCUUGAGUCCCAUGUCGUUUCUCCUCAUAUACCCACGAAAGUACCCACCCUCACUUCACCUAAACUCCAUUAAUUUGACUCUGAAUUCUCAUGUGGAAUUCCUACACACAUCCAAUAAUCC